GAGAGACUCUGAAUCAACCACACAGACAGAGAAGGGAGAGAGAGGGAGAGAGAGGUGACUUCAGAGUGAUGGGAGCCGGCUGAGCAAGCAGGAGCGAGUGAUCACUCUCCGAGCUGCUAAUGACAGGCAGACAGAUGUGAAGGAUGGCGUCUUGCUCAGAGAUCUGUGGGUCUGAGUAUGGUGAGCAAGCCCAAGUCAGCGGGAACUACCAGCAGUAUGGUGUCCGCUCCUACCUACACCAGUUUUAUGAGGAGUGCACAGCCUCCAUCUGGGAACGUGAUGAAGAUUUUCAGAUUCAGAGAUCACCUAGCAGGUGGAGCUCUUUACUCUGGAAGGUCUGUCUCGCGUUUGGCACUGUGAUCUUGUUUGCUGGCCUGAUUGUCAUCGUAGUGGGCUAUGCUACUCCGGCUAGGAUUGAAGCAUUUGGUGAAGAUGAUCUCCUUUUUGUGGACAGCCAGGCAGUCAGUUUCAACCGUGCACUGGAUGUUUGCAAACUGACUGGGGCUGUACUCUUCUGUGUGGGAGGCACGUCAAUGGCUGUCGGUUUCCUGUUGUCUGCGUUUGCCAAAAGCUACUCCAAAGAGGAAUUAUAUCUGCAACAAAAGUUUAAGGAAAGGCUGGCUGAUUUGCAUUCAACAGUUGGGACACCCAUAAUGAGAGCACCGACUCCCGGGGAAGGAAAGGUGCCAGUUACACUUUCCAAAGUCCAGAACAUCCAGCCGGUAACCCCCAAAACAGAGACUCGACAGCAGUCUGGCUGAAUGGGGGAUGCAAAUACUGUGUAUAUGUUGAGUACCGUAAUGGGAUACCGACUAUGGGUGAGUGUACAGUGGAUCCCCACACAUUCGACAUUGAGCAUUCAUGGCGCUGCAAAUUUGUGGAUCUUUGGUCCAAAAAAAUGUUAUUGAUUUUUUUUCAGAAAAUAGGUCGUUUUAAAAAAAACUAGGUCAGUAACAAUUUAUACCUACAUGAUAAUAUCGGUAAGAUGUACAGCAUACAUGUACCACUGCUUAAAAAGCCCCCAAUUUUUACAAGUUUAGAGUAUGUCUUUAUACUUCACUGAUAUUGUUUUUCAUCAAGUGUUGAGAUAUCAAUCACAUUUUGUUCGGCGUCCUUGAACGCUUCUUAGUUGCUGUGAGGUGCAAAAGUGAACUUAUAUAUAACUUCUACACCAUGACUCCAAUUCCAUCUGGUCAUCGAUCCUCUUAUAUUAUCAUUCAUUAGUGGUGAGUACCUCUAAUAAUUUAAAAUGCAUUUAAUAAGUGUAUGAGCAAUAUGAGAACCGAGGGAGGGCUCUGGAGCUGAAUCUGAUCUAAUAAUUACAACAAUCACACCUAUUGAAAACAUCAUAUCCAGAAUCGGAGGAGAACGUCAACGUCAAGCUAGCUGGAGGGUUUGGAGGGGGAGGCGGAGCGAACUGUGUGUGAAAAAUAGACAUUUUUACGGGUGUCUGAAUUACACGCAUAUUUUAGCCAUUUGCUGGUGGCCAUGGUGUAACCCACCUGCUUCAGCCAGCCCAGCUCAGGGCUUGAAAACAGCACCUUUGGAAUGGGAGUCAAGAGUGCUAACCGCAGAGCUAAAAACCUGGACAGUCAACUCAACAUUCAGCUCUGGUUUUAAGGCUGUGGUAGUGAUGUUUACUAACGUACACUUGCACAGCUGGCUGGCAUCUAUGACACUGGAACAUAAAAAGAGACGUGGGGAUCUACUGUAUACUAUAUGUCCAUAAAUGCAGAGAUGUUAUCACCUAAAAGGUCACCUUACAUGACAUGAGAGUGUCACUUUUCUCACUAUGUUUGACAUAAUUCAAUAUCAGGAUUACAAAGUUUAGAGCAGACAAAAAAAAUGAAGUUUCAUGUGUGCCAGACAUCUUUAUGCAUCAGAGAGGUUGUAAGCACUACCCACACAAAAAAGAAAACGACAAACAAAGCAACCUAAGAACAAAUCAAUAAAACACAGCUACUGAACAAGCUAACACUUUUCUUUUAAAUGGUGUCACAUUGUGUUUGAGGGGAGCAGCAGUUAUUAUUGAUGAUUAGCUUCCAUUUUAAAAAUGGUCAAAGCACUGAAGACAAACAGUCACAGUUUCACAAUAUAGAAGGCUAUUCAGGCUUUUGACUCGUAAAGUCACCAGAAUUAUACAGUAUACUGUACAUAUAAAGACAAGGAAAUGUUGGCCUCACCGGUUUGCGUCAGAUAAUUGAGAACCACUGGAGCAAAUUAGACAGGAUUAGUCGUAACAGCAUGCUUACAAUUCUCACAUUAUCUUCCACCUUGUCUUCUUCAGUAAAACCUCUGACUAGAUUUGUAAGUCCAAGCAAUAUAUUGAAAGUUAUAUUGGAUGACACUUCGUUAUGCAUCUUCCUUUGCCCCUGACGUUUGCAGACACGUAGGAACACAGGUUGUUUGAAAAAACAUGAAUAUUUUUCACAGUUCUAAAAUAAAAACGUUAGUCAUGGAGCACUACGGUAGAAAACCCAAAUUCUAUUGCAGGCUAAAAAACAGAGUAACAGUAACAGUGCAGUACAAUCAUGAUUCUUUUAUUAUCAUAAUACCAGUUGUAUGGUGUUUAAUUGGAUGCUUUGCUUUAAUGAAAACCUCACCUUAUUUUUUAUUUUGCCCAUCAUCCACAAUCCUUAUGUGAGACAUGAGCACACGUCUUUGUGUUUUCUGCGCAUUGUAAAUACUGAAAAACUGCUAGCACGAGGCAGCUAAUAAUGCAAUGUAAUUGGAAAUUACCUAUUCCGCUUCUAAAACCCUCUAUUAAAAUCUCUCUAUUUUAUCGUUUUAUAUACAGUAAUACAGUAUUUUGCCGUAUUUUGGUCAUUUUAUGCAUUACCGGAGCUUCCUUCUUGAGCGCAUUGAUUUCACAGAGCUCAUCAUAACGAACGCUCCUUUCGUCAACAACAGCAACAUAGAGAGAGCGUUUGCUACCACUAAUGAUGGCAGACUUUGUGAGAGCCGCCGCCAAUUACUACUUUUUACUUUUACACCCCGCAGGCGGAGAAUAAUGUUGCUGGGUGAUCGGCAGAUUCAGCUAUGGUGAAAGACUAAGCCAUUCUCACAGCAUUAGCAUGUAGCACUGGGACUAAACGUUUCAUUGACAAAAUAAAACCAUAAUAAAACAGUCACUUACAAUGUCCGCUCUUACUGGGAUACCGACUGAUGGGAUUGCUGUAUCUUUCAGCACAAGACUUGUGCUCCGCAUUGAGCUGGUCAAUUCAGCAUACUGUAGUCCUAAGGCAAAAAAAUGCUGAGAGCAAACAAGCAUUUAGCCAAGUCUUUCUAGCCAUGUGAGAGCCAGUAUCCACUGCUUCAGUCUGUCCGGAUGUUUAGUUGGUAGCGUGUGGAAUCUCAAAGUUGACCAACUUUUCAGCUUGUUGCCAGAACCUUCUACUAUACCCGUGUGAGGCCCAGCAUUAACUUUUCCAAACUCACAUGCAAUGCAGCAGCUCCAGUUGUUUAUUUUACCUCUCGGUCGUGGCCUGAGGCACUGUGUCACUACGUCAGAAAAGUAGCUCUUCUACGUUAGCUCCUACAAUAGCAAUGUCGCUGUAGCUUGGUUAAUAUGCAUGUCACGUUAUGUAAAUGGAACAUUGUUUGCAUUUUUUUGAGUUUUAUUUUUUUGUAGAGGGCUUUAUCGGUGGAAUAGGUGCUUCCCAUUACGUGUAUGUGCUUCUCUCUUUAGAUUGCACAGAAAAGGCAAAGACGUGUGUUCAUGUCUCACAUGAGGAUUGUGGAUGAUGAGCAAAAUUUUUAAAAAGUGGUUUGCCUUUAAGCCUGUCAGCACCCAUGCAUCGUUACUGUACACACUCAUAAAACAUGAAUGUGUGAUUAACAGAUUCAGAUAAACAGAAAAUUCCGACAAUCUGUGACAUCAAGCUUUACAUUGCUCAUUUCAAAUAUAUUUAAAAUUCCAAGCAAAACAGUGUCUGUUAACAGAUUGUGUUUGAAUUUGGAGGCUCCAAAGGUGCUCUUAAUUCUCAGUAGUUCCACUGUGUAACGUUGGUAAGAUGCAAGAAGAACAAGAUACACAGUAUGUUUUCUGGGAGUGGUUGGGAACGACACUAUUGUAAGAAUGGUUUGAGCAAUGCUGCUUUACAAUAAUAAUACAGAAGUUGCUUUCCAGUUGCCAUUUAGUUGUCUUUAUGUCAUUUUUUUGGAUCACUGGUGCAGGUCCCUUUAGCAAACCUGCAUUAGCAAUGACAAUGUUCAUGUAAGUUGACCUUUUACUAACAUUCACGCUGUCACGACCCCCUUUCUCCUUCACUCACCAAAUUCAAUAUUGUUUGUUUUCACACACACAUACACAAAGCUAUAGACAGUAUCUAUUCUAAUAAUCAAUAUUUUAAAUGUUACCCAAUCAUGCAUAAACUGCUAUUCUACUGUUCAAAACCACACACUAAGAUGUUAAAAAGGUUGUUCUAACACCUCCCCAUUGUAGCCAGAGUUAGCGAGUGAUCAAUAAAUGUGCUCACUAGUAGUUCCAUCCUGUGAAUUGUGUAUCAUUUUUAUUUAUACUUUCAUUGACCAAAGGCUGAUUUCUACAUUGAACAUAUUUUUGCUGUAACUAUCAACAAAGAUGUUAUUCCAGGUUGAAUCUUGUAAUUUAAUUAGACUUUCAGUGUGUCUCAUCAUGUACUGUAACUGUGCAUUCUCCAAUAGGAAAGGUAAAAUGCAUAAAUUACAACUGCAGUUAAGAACAGCAUAUAAAUAUCCAUCAUGCAGUAUGUCUAUUUUCAAAGAUAAUAAAAGUGAAAUAUUUGCAGGCCAA